AUGUCUACAACCGUCGAGAAGAUCAAGGCCAUCGAAGAUGAGAUGGCGCGUACGCAAAAAAACAAGGCUACGUCGUUCCAUCUUGGACAGCUGAAAGCCAAACUAGCAAAAUUGAGAAGAGAAAUCGUGACCUCUGCGACACAAGGCUCGGGAGGUGGUGGUGUUGGUUUCGACGUUGCUAGAACGGGUGUAGCUUCGGUCGGAUUCGUAGGGUUCCCUUCUGUGGGUAAAUCGACAUUGCUUUCAAAGCUCACGGGUACCGAGUCAGAGGCUGCAGAGUAUGAGUUUACCACGCUGGUGACCGUGCCUGGUGUGAUCAGAUACAAAGGUGCCAGAAUCCAAAUGCUUGACUUGCCAGGUAUCAUUGACGGUGCUAAAGACGGUAGAGGUCGUGGUAAGCAAGUCAUUGCGGUCGCCAGAACUUGUAACCUACUUUUUAUUGUUCUGGACGUCAACAAACCGCUACAUCACAAACAAGUGAUUGAAAAAGAAUUAGAAGGUGUCGGUAUUCGUUUGAACAAGCAGCCCCCCGACAUCUUGAUCAAAAAGAAGGAGAAAGGUGGUGUCUCCAUCACUAACACAGUUCCGCUGACACACUUAGGGGCAGACGAAAUCAGGGCUGUGAUGAGUGAAUACAAAAUGAACAGUGCUGAAAUUGCGUUCAGAUGUGACGCUACCGUCGACGAUCUCAUUGAUGUGUUGGAAGCGUCCACAAGAAGAUACAUGCCAGCGAUUUACGUGCUAAACAAGGUCGACUCCCUGUCGCUUGAGGAGUUGGAGCUGUUAUACAGAAUUCCUAAUGCUGUGCCAAUCUCAUCCGGGAGGGAGUGGAACUUGGAUGAGCUGUUGCAGAUCAUGUGGGACCGUUUGAACCUGGUUCGUGUAUACACAAAGCCCAAGGGUACAAUGCCAGAUUUCACGGAUCCUGUAGUGCUGAGAUCGGACAGGUGUUCGGUAAAAGACUUUUGUAACCAGAUCCAUAAAUCUCUGGUUGACGACUUCAGAAACGCGUUGGUUUACGGCAGCAGUGUCAAGCAUCAACCUCAAUAUGUGGGGUUAAACCACAUCUUAGAAGAUGAGGACGUCGUUACCAUCUUGAAGAAAUGA